UACCACUGUACCUGCAUCAUAUCAUACAGGAAGAGCAGAGCAGCAGCGAAACAUGGCAGCACGCCUGUCCCUCCUCGUCGUUCUGGCCCUCCUCGCCGUCCUCACGGCGAAGGCCGACUUCGACGAGCAGUUUGAGGUGAUUGGCGACCGUGACCACAUCGGGUACAAGGACGACGGCAACGGCGGGCAGGAGUUCUCUCUGGAGCUCGACCAGGAAUCCGGCUCCGGCUUCAAAUCCAAGAACAAGUACCUCUUCGGCGAGUUCAGCGUUCGGAUGAAGCUCGUCGACGGCAACUCCGCCGGCACCGUCACCUCCUUCUACCUGACGUCCGGGGAGAGCAGUACCCACGACGAGAUUGACAUCGAGUUCAUGGGGAACUCGAGCGGGCAGCCCUACGUGAUGAACACCAACGUCUGGGCCAGCGGCGACGGCAAGAAGGAGCACCAGUUCUACCUCUGGUUCGACCCCUCCGCCGAUUUCCACACCUACAAGAUCACCUGGAACCCCAAGAACAUCAUAUUCGAGGUGGACAACGUGGCGGUGAGGACGUUCAAGAACUACGAUGACCUGCCGUUCCCGACGAGCAGGCCGAUGGAGGUGCACGCGACGCUGUGGGACGGCAGCUACUGGGCAACGCAGCACGGCAACGUCAAGAUCCACUGGAGGCACGAGCCCUUCGUGGUCUCCUACCGCGCCUACCACGCCAACGGCUGCGUCCACAGCAAGAACUCGUCGCGCUGCCCCGACGGCUCCGACGCCUGGAUGCACCGGGAGCUCGGCGACGAGGAGCUCGACACCGUCGCCUGGGCGGAGCGCAACUGCCUCUCCUACAACUACUGCGCCGACGGCUGGCGCUUCCCCAAGGGAUUCCCCGGGGAGUGUGGCCGCAAGUGA